UCCUGAAGGAAAUAAGAUAAGAUCGAAAAGUGCACUUGUGGCGUAUUUUCGGAAAACCGGGGAGAUGACGCUAAAAGCAGAAGAUUUUGAUUUUACAGCUCCUUAUCAGAGGAUUACCCGUUCGAGGGUGAAAAGAUACAGCACAAAAGCUGCGAGAACUGUUUUAGAGAAUGAGGAUUGUCGCAGUGAAGAGCAAGGCUUCAGUAUACAAAAUGGUGAAGAGGAUAAAAUUCAAAACAUUCAGAUUGGAAAUGAACACCUGGAAGAUAUUACAUCCACUCUAGACAGCAAAGAUUUGAUCAUGAAAGGCAUAAACCCAGAGGACUGUUUGAACACCAAAAAGAAGGGGGCAGGUGCAAAAAGUGCUCGGAAUAAGAAAACGGGAAAGAGCUCAGAAAAGAGGAAUCAAGAUAAUACCCAAAACAAAAGACAGAGAAGAGUAUGUAACAAACAGGAGUGCAUUCAAAACAAGAAGUUCUGUAGACAGACGGACAUGCACGUUGCCGAUAGUCAAGGCAUAGAUGAUGGGAAUGCAGACCCUACGGACGCAGGAAAAGCUCUGUUAAGAAUUUCCAGGUCACGAUCAGACACACAGCUAAGGUCAGUGACGGCUCGCUCGCAAAGGGAGCUGGAGAGCCUAGCAGAGGAGGAAUGUGUGGAGACAGGUUCUAAUGACGCAUCUUCUGCAAAAUCUGAGGAGAAAAACAACGGAUUGAAAAUAGAGAAAGAAACAGAUCGAGGGAAUCCGGGUAACCAGGAUUUUGAACCUGACACUGAAACGGAUGCUAACGUCUUGCAGCCCUGUGACAAGAAAAGCUUCACAGCAGUUAAAAUGCUGCCAGGUAUUUAAGAGUCUAUCCCACGAACACAAGUGGAUAGGAGGAAAACGAGUCCGUAUUUUUCAAGUAAAUACAGUAAAGAAGCUCCCAGCCCACCUAGAAGGAAGGCCUUCAGAAAAUGGACUCCUCCACGUUCUCCUUUUAAUUUGGUCCAAGAAACACUUUUCCAUGAUCCAUGGAAACUUCUCAUUGCAACCAUAUUUCUCAAUAAAACUUCAGGUAAAAUGGCAAUUCCUGUGCUCUGGGAGUUCCUUAAGAAGUAUCCUUCUCCUGAAAUAACCAGGACUGCAGACUGGAAAGAAAUGUCAGAGCUGCUCAAACCUCUCGGCCUCUAUGAACUCAGAGCGAAAACGAUCAUCAAGUUCUCAGGUGAGUACCUGAGCAAGCGGUGGAAGUACCCCAUCGAGCUGCACGGCAUCGGGAAGUACGGGAACGACUCCUACAGAAUCUUCUGUGUCAACGAAUGGAAGGAG